GUGUGGAAUCCCGGGGGGUCCCCGAGGUCCGGGGGGGGCCCCGGGGAGGAACGGGGCGGGGGGCGGCCCCGCCAUGGGCUGCAACCUCUGUGUGGUGCGGAGCGCCGAGGAGCAGCGGCACCGGGCGGCCCGGCAGGUUGCCGGGAAGGAUGCGCUGCGGAGAGGGGGGGUCUCACGGGGGGGUCGCGAACCGCUGGUGCUGCAGGUUUUACGCCGGAGCCCCCGCGCACCCCCCCACAAUGGGUCUGGGGGGGUCAAUGGGGCCCCCCCUGUCCCCCCCACAACCGUCACUGCCGCCCCCCACCCCCUACAGCCAUGGGGGGGCGCGGGGGGGCUGGUGGAUAGCGGCACUCAGACCGAUAUCAGCUUCGGGGGGGGCGAGAAGGAACCCCAGGACUAUUUGGACCCCCCGGAUUUGGGGGACCCCGAACGCCCGGAGGAGCUGGAGUAUGAGGAGGUGGAAUUGUGGAAAGCGAAUCACCGGGAGAAGUUGGGGCUCACCGUGUGCUACCGGACAGACGGCGAAGAGGACGGCGGCAUCUACGUGGGGGAGGUGAACCCCAACAGCAUCGCGGCCAAAGACGGGCGCAUCCGCGAGGGCGAUCGCAUCGUCCAGAUCAAUGGGGUGGAGGUACAGGACCGGGAGGAGGCGGUGGCGUCGUUAACGAGGGAGCAGCAAACGAGCAUCUCCCUCCUGCUGGCGCGCCCCGAAAGUCGGCGCUGGAAGGACAGUGACCGCGAGGACUUCUUGGAUGAUUUUGGCUCCGAAGAGGAGGAGGAGCUGCGGGGGACCCCCCCGGGACAGCCCCCCAGCCCCGCCACCCCCUGCGCCCGCACGGAGCCCGACAGCGGCGUGGGGCGCACGGACGAGAGCGCCCGCAACGACGAGAGCGACGACACCACCCCCCCCCCGGCCCCCCCGGGGGCCCCCCCGGCCCGGGGCACCCCCAAAACCCCGCGCCCCAAAACCCGGAGCCGGAACCGCAGCGGAAAGUGGAGCCGGAGCGGAAAGAAGAGCCGGAACCGGAGCGGAAAGCGGAUUCGGAGCCGGAGGGGGAAGAGCCGGAACCGGAGCGGAAAGUGGAUUCGGAGCCGGAGCAGAAAGAAGAGCCGGAACCGGAGUGGAAAGCGGAUUCGGAGCCGGAGGGGGAAGAGCCGGAACCGGAGCGGAAAGUGGAUUCGGAGCUGGAGGGGGAAGAGCCGGAACCGGAUUUGGAACUGGAGGAGGAAGACCUGGAACCGGAGCAGAAAGUGGAUUCGGAGCCGGAGGGGGAAGAGCCGGAGCAGAAAGCGGCUUUGGAACCACACCCACAAGAGCCGGAACUGGAAUCGAGAGUGGAAGUGGAGCACCAAGGUCCGGACCUGGAAGCGGAGUGGGAACGGGAAGCAGAGUCGGAAAUGGAGCCACAAGACCCAGAGGUGGAUCCGGAGUGGGAAGAGCUGGAAGUGGAGCUGCAAGACCCGGAUCCGGAUCGAGCUCAAGCUCCGGAGGGGGGCGCGGAGGGGGAAGAGCCGGAACUGGAGUGAACUCGGGAUCAGGAUUCGCCCCCGGGGGAAGAAGCGGAUCCGGAUUUGCGUCUGGGGGAAGAACCGGAUCCAGUCCUGGAUCAGGAUUUGGGUCCAAUGGAAGACCUGGAGGUGGAGGAAGCCCAGGAAGAACUGGAAACGGAUCCAGUCCUGGAUUGGGAUUCACGCCUGAUGAAGACCUGGAGGCGGAGGCAGCACCGGAUUUGCACCCAGUGGAAAACCUGGAACUGGAACCAAUCCUGCCUUGGGAUUCGUGCCUGAGGGAAGACCCGGAGGCGGAACCAACCCAGGAUCCGGCUUUGUGCCUGGUGGAAAAGCUGGAGCCGGAUCCAAUCUUGGAUCAGGGCUCGCACCUAAUGGAAGACCUGGAGCUGGAAUGGACCCGGGAUCAGGAUUCACCCCCAACGGACGAACCGGAGCCAGCAGUGGAUCUGGAUUUGGGUCCAGUGGAAGACCUGGAGCUCCUCCUGGAUCUGGAUUCACGCCUGAUGGAAGACCCGGAGUGAAUCCAGGAUCCGGAUUCACACCCGAUGGACGAACCGGAGCCGGUAGUGGAUCCGGCUUUGGGUCCAAUGGAAGACCCGGAGCAAAUCCAGGAUCCGGAUACACACCCGAUGGACGAACCGCAGCCGGUAGCGGAUCCGGCUUUGGGUCUAAUGGAAGACCUGGAGCUGGAAUAGACCCGGCAUCUGGAUUCACGCCCGAUGGAAGACCCGGAACUGGAUUACCCCCCGAUCCUGAGGACGCCGCGGUGCUGCCGGCCGCGAUGCCGGGCCUGAGCGCGGCCGAGCUGCGUCGCUACCGUCACCUUCGCGGCCGCCUGAGCGCGGCGGCUUCGGGUCGCGGCGAGCUGGCGCUGCUGGAGGAGGAGCUCCGCCACUUGGAAUUCAAAUGGCGCCACCUCUUACGGGCGCAGAAGAUGGAGCGCCUCCGCCAGCGCUGCCUCCGAGCCUGGUUGGAAGCCGCCGGCGCCGAAUCGGCGUUGGCCGACAUCACCGAAGCGCCCGAGGGCGAAAGCACCAGCGCCUACAACACCGGCGAGAGCUGCCGCAGUUCGCCGCUCCUCCUUCGCGCCUCCCAGACGACGCCGACGCCGCCGCACGACGCCGCCACCGCCGCCAAAUCGGCUCGCGGCAAACGCCCCGGGCGCGACCGCCUGCUCAAAGCGCGCGCCAUUAAGAUCCUGGAGGAGCGCGGCGGCGGCUCCACCACCGACGACGACGCUCGCAGCGAGCUCAAAACCGGGCGCUAUUGGAGCCGCGAGCAGCGCAAGCAGCACCUGGCGCGCGCCCGCGAGCAGCGGCGCCGCCGCGAGAUGCUGCUGCACGGCCGCGCGGAGGCGGCAACGGCGGCGGCGACAAACGGGGGUUCGGAAGGGCCCCCCAACAGCGGCCGCCGGACGGUGCGGAAGAGGAGUCGGCGCAUCCUGGACAAUUGGGUGACCAUCCAGGAGAUGUUGGCGCGCGGCGCGCGAGCGCCCGACGGCGGCCGCGUCUAUAACCCUCUGCUCUCCGUCACCACCGUCUGAGAGCCGCGCGGAGACCCACAAGGGGGGGGGCGCCAGGGUUUGGGGGCGCCUGGGAACCCCCAAGUCGGAGUUUGGGGUCAUUUUCCAUCUGGUUUUGACCCAAGAGUUGAGUUUAGGGGCUCUUUUCGCUCUGUCUGUGCCCCCCAAGUUGACUUUUGGGGUCCCUUUCCUCUGUCUGUGCCCCCCAAGUUGACUUUCGGGGUUCCUUUUCCUC